UGCAUGUCCACUGGAGGCAGGUUUGACUUUGAUGACGGGGGGUCGUACUGCGGGGGGUGGGAGCAGGGCAAAGCCCAUGGGCGAGGGGUGUGCACGGGGCCCCAGGGGCAGGGCGAGUACGCCGGCGCCUGGAGCCACGGCUUCGAGGUGCUGGGCGCGUACACGUGGCCCAGCGGCAACAGCUACCAGGGCAGUUGGUCGCAGGGCAAGCGGCACGGCGUCGGCGUGGAGAGCAAAGGCCGCUGGGAGUACCGGGGGGAGUGGACGCAGGGGUUCAAAGGUCGCUACGGGCAGCUGGAGAGCGCGGCGAGCGGCGCCCGCUACGAGGGCACGUGGAGCAACGGGCUGCAGGACGGCUACGGCACGGAGACGUACUCCGACGGAGGAACCUACCUGGGCCAGUGGCUGGGCGGCAUGCGUCACGGCUACGGCGUGCGGCAGAGCGUGCCGUACGGCAUGGCGGCCGUCAUCCUCUUCCCGCUGCGCACCUCCAUAAACUCGCUCCGCUCCGAGCACAGCCACGGGGCGCCGGCCGCGCCGGAGGACGGCGCCGCCGCCGCCACCUCGCCCGCUGCGUCCGGGGACGGGGGCGCGGCGGCCGGGCUGGCCGGGAGCCCCGUGGGCCGCGGCGGGUUCGCCCUCAUGGCGCCCAGCGAAGCGGAGCGGCAGAGGAAGCGGAAAGGCCGCUUCCGCCAGUCCAUCCUGAGCGGCCUGAAGCUGCGGCGCUCCGAGUCCAAGAGCUCGCUGGCCAGUCAGCUCAGCAAGCAGAGCUCCUUCUGCAGCGAGGCGGGCAUGAGCACCGUCAGCUCCGCCGCGUCGGACAUCCACUCCAACGCCAGCGAGGGCGAACACGGCGGCGCGCCCGUGGACGCCACCGUCACCGAGCUGUACAACGGCGAGUGGCGCGGCGACCAGCGCGCCGGCUGGGGGGUCAGCCGGCGCUCGGACGGCCUCCACUACGAAGGGGAGUGGGCGGGGAACAAGCGGCACGGCUACGGCUGCACCACCUUCGCCGACGGCACCAAGGAGGAGGGCAAGUACAAGCAGAACGCGCUGGUCAGCGGCAAGCGCAAGAACCUGAUCCCGCUGAGGGCCAGCAAGAUCCGGGAGAAGGUGGACCGCGCCGCCGAGGCCGCGCAGAAGGCCGCGGACAUCGCCAAGCAGAAGGCCGAGAUCGCCAUGUCGAGGAUGAGUCACGCCCGGGGGAAGGCCGAGGCCGCUGAAGGAGUCGCGCUGAAGGCCACGGAGGAAUGUCGCCUGGCCCGCAUCGCCGCCAAGGAGCUGUCGCCCUCCUUCCACAUCUACGGGAACGGGCUCGAGUGUCAGCGGCCUCAGCAUCAGUCGGCCAAGGACAAAGACCGCGAGGCCGUCUCCACGGGAACCGACAGUCCGGAGCUGUGCACGCCGGACACCACGCCGCCCGGCGCCACGCCCGACCUCAGCCCCCUGCUGGGCGCGCCCGCCUCGCCCCCCCGCAGCCCGGCCGCCCACCGGCCCAGAAACGCCUGUUUCAUGCGCCAGGGCGCCGUGGACGACCACGGCGCCGCCGAGAUCCAGGUGCUGGUGGAGGGGCGGGGCUCGGACCCGCCGAGGGGCGGGGCCAACAACUGGAGCGACGCCGCGUACCCGGACGCCACGCCCUCCCUCCUGGAGGAGCAGGAGGGGCGGGUCAACGGCCACGAGCAGGCGCCCAACCACAAACCCCGGGAGAAGCCCUCGGCCAAUCACAAGCCGCGAGAGCACGCCUCCUCGUACAGGGCGUGGGAGCACAACCAAAAGCCCGCCAAGCAAGCCUCGUCCAAUCACAAGUCCAGGGAGUACUCGUCCUCCAACCACAAAACACGGGACCACUCCUCCACCAAUCACAAGGCCUCUGACCACGCCUCUUCCAACUACAAGCCGCAGGUGCACAUUGUAUCCAAUCACAAGGCCUUGGAACACAACGCGUCCAAUCACAAGACUUCUGAGCACGCUUCUUCCAAUCACAAGGCCCAAGAUUACAUCUCGUCCAAUCACAGCGCAAAGGACCACGUCUCUUCCAGCUACGGCCACCGGGACCACGCCCACUCCAACCACCACCCGAAGCAGCACAACGACCAGCGGGCGGAGGGCGUCGCCACCCUCAGGUGGAGCCCCGCCCACUCGCGCCUCGCGCCGCGGGACGAGGAGCGCACGAGCGACUACACGGUGGACAUGAGGCUCCAGGGCCCGGACUCGCAGGCGGCGCCGCCGCCGGGGCCGGGCCCCGAGUCCCCGGCCCCCGAGAACGGCCGCCUGCGGGCCCGGGCCCUGCGGCCCGUCAGAGAGGGGUCCGUGGACUCCGUGCAGAUGCUGGACAGCCUGACUGUGGGGGCGGAGCUAGAGGAGUGGCCUCUGCACAGGGACCUCACGCUGUCCCCGCCCCUCAAGUCUCAGCCCAUCGCCCUGGAGCCGGAGGGAGAGGCCCUCAAGGCGAGCGCAGGCUCCAGCUCCAUCCUGGUGGUCAUGGUGAUUUUACUCAACAUUGGAGUGGCCAUUCUUUUCAUUCACUUCUUUAUUUAAAGCGCUCACAGACUUCUCGAUGACUGCGGUAUAUAUUAUAUUAUUACUUCCUAUCGGACCGGAGCCCCUAAGAGAGCCUUCUCACCUCCCGCUGGAGCCCGGCUCCUUCCUACUCAAAGAUGUUUCGCUUCUGCCACCAUAGAAGAAGAAAGUGAAGCAAAAGAAGAGUGCAGCUUUAAGGCCAGCGCGUGCAUUGGGACACGCGUGUGCAUGUGUGUCCAGCAGCAGCCGCGUGGACGGACUCUGGAGAUGGAACCGGCGGUUUUUGCCCAUUUUUCCAUCAUUCUAGACCAAGAAAAAUAUAGCAACCCUUGUUUCCAUCCUUACCGCCCCUUCCUGCCUUUGAACCCUCCCCUCCUCCCCUCCUCCCCUCCUCCCAUCCUCCCCCUAUUCGCACUACUAUGCUACAGUAGAUCCAUUUAAAGGGCUCCGUCAUGAUUCUUUUCCUUCUUCCACUACGGACUGCACACACGACCAUCGCAUGAGGCCGUGCUUGUGUUUUUAUGUUUUUUUCUUUUCUUAAAAAGUGCAUUUUUCUAUCCCUUUAACAUCACGGUUCUUUCUUCGCUAUGUGUGUGUGUGUGUGUGCGCACGCGCGCCACCCCGUGGUCGUCACUUCCUGUCGCGCACGGCCGCGUGUGCCGGCAGAGAUUUGGAAGAGAAAAAUA